AUGGCCUCACCUACACCUCCCACGACGGCCUCUAAUGUCACCUUUCCCUAUCCACCUCACCACUCGUUUCCUCCCUUCUAUACUCUCCAACCCAACCAAACCACCUUGACUCGCCAACUAGCUCUUUGGUCACAACUCCUGCUCUCAUAUUCCUCUUAUCAUCAUACCUUCAAAAUGUCGCUCUCUUCUCCCCCACCUCUCUUCAACAAUGCACGAAUCCACCGCUCUUUAUCUCCACUCGACAUACGUCGCCUCCUCGACUUCAUGGCUUCCUCCGAUGGCGAGUCGCGCGUAGAGUGGAUAUCCAAAGACCGCAGCACCGUUUGGAUAUGGUGGCGCAGUCCUGCUGAAUGGGCUGAAGCAAUUGCAACCUGGGUAGAUGAGACUGGUCAAAAAGGUGUUGUUUUGACUAUCUACGAGUUGCGAGAGUCUGAGGCUGUAGAGAAGCAGGAGUGGGUGGGUAUGGAUGAGGAUAUGUUGAGGAGAUGCUUGGAUGUUUUGGUCAAGAAGGGGAGGGCGCAGGUGUUUGGGCAGGCUGAUGGAAGUGGUGUCAAGUUCUUCUAA